ACUACCACUAACCAGAACUAGAAAGGAUUUUCUUUCUCGACUUAGGACAGAGAUCUCUCUGUUUUAAGAGAAGAUAGCAACUUUGCAGAUCUCUUUCUUGGGUUUUAGAUUCAAGGUUGGUAAAAACACAUUUCUGGUUUGAUCCAAUUCUAAAGAACAGGGUUGCAGAAGCCACUGGGAAUAGAGGGAAUUGCAAAGAUGAAUAUAUUCAGAUUAGCAGGGGAUAUGACCCAUUUGGCCAGUGUGCUUGUUUUGCUUCUAAAGAUCCACACAAUCAAAUCCUGUGCUGGCAUUUCUUUGAAGACCCAGGAGCUCUAUGCUAUUGUCUUUGCUACUCGUUACUUGGACAUAUUUACAGACUAUAUCUCCCUAUACAAUACCAUAAUGAAGUUAAUAUUCUUGGGAAGCUCUUUCUCAAUUGUCUGGUACAUGAGGCAUCACAAGGUUGUCCGGAGAUCUUACGAUAGGGAUCAGGACACUUUUCGCCAUCUUUUCCUUGUGCUACCAUGUUUGCUUUUGGCUCUGGUUAUACAUGAAAAGUUUACCUUUAAGGAGGUAAUGUGGGCCUUUUCCAUAUUCUUGGAAGCUGUUGCCAUCCUUCCUCAGCUGGUCUUGUUGCAAAGGACAAGAAAUAUUGACAACCUGACUGGGCAAUAUGUUUUUCUCCUUGGAGCUUAUCGAAGCUUAUACAUUCUGAACUGGAUUUACCGCUAUUUCACUGAGCCCCACUAUGUCCACUGGAUAACUUGGGUAGCAGGGCUUGUUCAGACUGCACUUUACGCUGAUUUCUUCUAUUAUUACUUCCAAAGUUGGAAGAAUAAUGUAAAACUAGAGCUACCAGCUUGAAGGCCUUUUUGACAAAGAUGUUGGCUGCUCAAAAACUUAGUGAAGCAAACACUAUUUGAUGUCGAGACAUUUCAAUUUUGUGCUGUCUCCUCUCGUAGGGGCUAGUAGACUUGUCAAGAAGCAAUAGUUCUAAAAGUUCCUUUCCCCAUCUCUCUGGCUUGUCAAGUGGUUGAUACAUCAAUGUAUGCAAGAUAAAACCUUUAUUUGUCACUUGCAUGAUACUUGAGGAAUACUAGCACAUUCUUUCUUUAAUGUUCAGUUUGACAAGCAUUCUGGAUUCAGAAUGGCUCAGUGCCC